AUGGUAUUCGAAAGUGUAGUCGCCGAUUUAUUAAAUCGAUUUCUCGGCGAUUUCGUCGACAAUCUCGACGCAUCACAGUUGAAUAUCGGGAUUUGGGGAGGUAGGGGACUCUUUCUAUUGUGCUUGACAUUUUAAUUAUUUUUUAAAACAAAUUUUAUUUUGCUUUAGGCGAUGUCAAACUCACAAAUUUGGAUGUCAAAGAGACGGCCAUGGAUCAGCUGGAUCUCCCGGUGAAGCUCAAGUUUGGGUGUUUGGACAAUUUGGUCCUCAAAAUUCCAUGGAAGAAUUUGUAUACGGAGCCGGUGAUCGCCAAUAUUGAAGGUCUCUACCUGGUUGUUGUGCCAAAUAAAGGAGUUGUCUAUGACGAGGCCAAGGCCAAAAAGAACGAUAAUGAGACCAAACAGAAGGAGUUGGCGAGGUUGGAGGAGAACAGGAAGAAUAGGAGGAGUAAGUCCAGGAUAAUGUAAAAUUUGUCAUGUGCACUGUAAAUUUUUGUUCAGUAAUUUAUAAAACUGCCAUUUUAAUGCUUUAUGUGUCUUUUUAGAGCCAAAAGACCCUCAAGCCGACACUUUCACCGAAAAAUUGGUCGCUCAGGUCAUCAAGAACCUUCAAGUUCAUAUCAAGAAUAUUCAUGUUCGAUAUGAAGAUAAAUACACGGACAGGAGACGACCAUUUGCUGCUGGUAUCAGUCUGGGAUCCCUCGAUUUUCAGGUAAAUAUAAUUAUUUUACAGAUAAUAAAAUUAUAUUAUUUUGGACGACGGACAAGGAUUUCAAAGCGACUAUUCACAAGGAGACCCUCCAAAUCUUCUACAAAUUAGUCAACCUUCAAGAUCUCGCCAUCUAUUGGAACUCUCGAACCCAACUUAUCUCCGAUCUGAAUGACAGAAAAGCGAUCAGAACGGCCCUUUUGGAGACGAUCAGUUCGGCCGACAAGCGGCCUAAAGAUUACAAAUACAUCUUGGAACCGAUUCGGAUGGACGCCAAACUAAAGUUGAAUCAGAAACCAGAGAGCGACGGCACUAAUUGGCAGACUCCUAAGGUGGAUUUGGGCGUGGAAUUGGAGCGGUUGGCCCUUUGUAUUGGGAGAUUCCAGUACCAAGAUAUACUGCUGUUUUUGGAAGCGCAGGAGAGGUUCAAUCUGGCUGCCAGGUACUUGAAAUAUCGCCCGCAUCUGAAUGAAUACAAAGGACAUUACAAGGAAUGGUGAGUUGAGAGUUUAAAGAAGAAAUUAGUGAUGGUUUUAGGUGGAGAUUUGCGUAUACUUGCAUUUUGGAAGAGAAUAUCAGACGAAAGAAAAACAAUUGGUCUUGGCAUCGAAUGAAAAAACAUCGAAAUCUGGUCAGGGAAUACAAGAAAGCAUGGGUCAUGAAGCAAACGGAGAAGACUUUGUCCACCGAGAUCUCGAACAUCAUUGAGGUAAGAGGAUUUCGUUUCUUUUUUGACAUCUGCCGGGAAGGAGAAUACAAAGUUUUGUGUUUUAGAAUGCGGAAAAGAAAUUGGACGUGUUCAAUCUGAACAUUGCCCGCCAACAAGCCGAAAUGGAGAUUGAUCGGAAGGGAUUAACCCGCCUGGAAGAUCAGCCGCAGGGUUGGACUGGCUGGGCCAAGAGCUGGUGGGGAGGGGGAAAUUCGGCUGCCCCACCGAGCAAGAAUGCCGACGCCAAUGAGAUUGCCGAGAAAUUCCAGCAAGCAAUGACUCCAGAAGAGAAGGCCAAACUCUUUGAGGCCAUCGAUUAUCAGGUAAGGAGAUACGGAAGAUUUUUUACAUUGUUUUAGGAGAACACCCCUCCAACGGAUUAUCCAAAGGAAUUUGUGGAGAACCGAGUGAAAGCAUCACUGAAGACUGUCGCGAUUAUUGUUGAAGAUGCUCUGGAGCUGAAGUUGAGCGAUAUUGGAGCACGGUUCGAACAAAGACCCUCGGCCAGGGCUAUCAGGCAAGUAUAACAUGAUGUUAAGUUUUUUUGGUUUUUAUUUCUUUAUGGCGCAAUGUGAUGAUUUCUGGUUUUAGCCUCAAAUCAUCGGUCAAGUCCCUGUCGAUGAGUGGCUGCGGCACCCCGAUGUUAUCUUUAUUGGACGAGAAAACGGACUGGUUGAAGCUGGAUGUCAUUACAAAUCCUCUGAAUGGAGAAUACGAUCAAUUUGUGGGAUUGUUUAUUAGCCCGACUAUCCUCAGAUAUCACGCACCGGCCAUUAACGCCGCUGCAGAAGUUUUCAAGCCUCCAGAAUCGGUCAGACUCAAUCAGUAAGUAUUUCGUUGAGCUCAAAUGCGUUGAGAUUUUUAAUAUUUUUUUUUGAUCAAAAUUUGACGUUACGGUUUUUAGGCUUACAGCCGCUGCCCUCGCCCGAUACGAGGAUGUCAAAGCCCGGUCAGUGUCUGGCCUUCAACACGCGGUCGACCAGAAGUCCAAGCUCAAGUUGGACAUUCGAAUCGAUCCGGCGACGAUUGUGGUCAGUGAAGGUGGGGUUUUCGAUGCACAGAAAUCAAAUUUGGUCACUGAACUUGGAGUCCUCACCAUCCAAACGACCGAUGACGUCUCCGCGGAUUCGUAUCAAGACGUCAGGGAUGAGCGCCUGAGGGAAUUGAUGAUCAAGGCUUAUGAUAAAUUCGAUAUCAAGUUGUCUAAUAUGCAGCUGUUGUUCGGUCAUUCCUUUGAUGAGUGUAUGAAUGCCAGAGUUGAUCCCUCUUCUCCCUGCCACAUCCUGAAACCUACUGGAUUGGAAUUGGAUCUCCAUAAGAGCUCAAUCGAUGAUUUGAACAUCCCAAAGUAAGUUUAUUAUUACAAGGAUAAUAUAAUUUUUUUAGACUCCGUUUGUAUGGAACCCUUCCCGAUGUGGUCGUCAAAAUCUCGGACGAACGAUUGAUUGAAUUGGCCCGGCUUGGCCUUUCCAUUCCAGUGCCGCAGGGCGAAGCCGAACCUGAAGUUGAUCUGGCCGCGAAGGUGGAGCCGGUUCAUGCUGGAAAUCUGAGAGAUCGAGCCAAGAUGAGAGCGAUUAUGGAAGUCAAUGAACUUGAUGAGGAUGCGGUGAGAAGAGCUGAUAGAGAGGAAGCUUUGCUCAGCUCCAGGGAAUAUGUGGAUAACACCCAGAAAGAAUCGAGCAUUCAGAGAGAACAAAUGGUUCAGGUCAGUUUUUAGGGACAAUGCAUGUGUUUAUAGCGAUUUAUGGUCUAUAUUUGCUGUUUUUAGAUCGACGUCAACUUAAAGUUGAACCAAAUUGGAGUAGAGGUUUGCCGGGGACUGUCAGUCUUAUUGUCCGCCAAUAUCCGACAACUCGGGUUUGGGUUCCAGAUGAGAACCAACGACAUGAAGGUCCAAACCCAUCUCGGUAGUCUUACUGUGGAGAUGCCCACCUUCCAAUCCCUCCUCCCCAACAGACAGACCCUCUAUUUGAUUGACAAUUUCCAUGCCGAAGGAGAUCAUUUAAUGCGGAUGACUUUCAUCCAGGCCAACAAGGAGUCUCCCUUCUUCAAGACGGAGUACAAAUCAACGGAACAGUUCAUUAAUUUCAAUUUCGAAACUUUAAAUGUAACUCUACAUCAGGAGGCACUGAUCGAAUUGAAAAGUUAUGGAGAGAAGUUGCAAAAAGAACUGGCGGAGGUUCAGAAAAAGUAUGAGAAACUGGAUGAAUCGAGGGAUCCGAAUGGGAGAAAACUCAGCAGAAAAGUCAGCAUGGGCAAAGUCAGGUGAGAAUGUGAAAAUUUAUAGUUUGAAAUGAAUUUUUCUCGUUUAGUCUUUUGAGUUUUGCAUCGUCCUAUAACACCAACGACCCCAACAAGAAGAAGGCCGCGGCCGCCAAAAAGAAGAAGAAAGUUGUCCAAAAACAGGAAUCGGUGGAUGAAAAUCUCACCAAAAUGGAGUUGAAUGCGAAUAUAAUCUCUCUGCGACUCCUGAUUGGCUCGAGCAAAGGCCCCGACACUUCGUUGGACAUCUCCGGGGCAAAGGCCGCCGUCCUCAUGAAGCCGAAGGAAACGGCCGUGAAGGCAUCGCUGAGGGACAUCAAGAUGAUCGAUGAGACCCCCAAUGCAACUCACAAACAUUUGAUGAUCGUUCAGCUACCCAAGCAUGAGAAUCAAGUGGAUAUGUUCAUUUUGGACUUUGUUCAGUUGAUCAGAACCGACAAUGAGAGGAAGAAUAUGUCGACCAACGAGCAUGACAUGACCGUCAGAAUGAGAUUCGCCCAAAUGAGAUUUGUUUUCCUCAAUUUGUGGCUGAAUAGAAUGCUGGUGAGUUUCGUAUUCACGUUGAUGAUGUAUUUUGUUUUAGAAUUGGAUCUCCCCAUUCCAAGAAGAAGCCGCCGCUGCUGCGGCUACAGCCCAACAAGCCGCCCAGGCCAAGGCAUCGGAAGCCGCGAUGAAUGUCCGGGAAAUGCUGGAAAACAACCCUCAGAGAAUCAGAUUGGACGUGGAAUUGAACGCCCCGGCCAUUGUCAUCCCUCGUUUAUCCACCUCCGAUCAGGCCCUUUGGCUGGAUCUGGGUAAAUUGGUGGUUAAAAAUGGAUUCAGUGUUCAACACGGGGCUGUAGUGGAUAGUAUGGUCAUCCAAAUCAAGGCAAGUGGAGUGAAGUUGGGGGAUUAUAGGCUGUUCUUGGUGAUCUCUAUGCAUUUUAAUUGUAGGAUGUCCACGUUGCUGCUGCUCGGAUUGCCAAGGAUAAUUUGGACGUCGCCGCCAAGUGUAACAUGCUGAAACCGCUGACUUUUACCCUCACAAUCCAUCGAAACCUGUCAUUUGCGACACACAAGGACCUCCCAGAGAUUGCUGUCGACGCUCAUCUCCCAUUAAUUGAUGUCUCCAUGGCCCAGCAGGACUAUACUUUGGUGAUGCACACUUUGGCUGGAAAUCUUGGAGAAGGAACUCCCCCUCCGCCCAAGAGAUUCGUGGCCGUUGGACAAGUGGAAGAAAUGGGGCCAGAAGAAGAGAGGCAGGAUAUUGGGGCUGAGGUGGAUGUGGAGCCAGGAACUCCAGCAAAGAAGGCCGAAGAGAAAAAAGAUGAGAAAAAGAAGGAUGCUACAGAUCACAAGAGGAUCGUCUUCCAGUUUCAAAUGGAUGAAAUCGACGCGAGAUUGUAUACUGGAGGAUCUGGGUUGGAGGUAAGGAUGCGAACUUUUUUUAGUUUGAUUUACAUUAUCAUAGAUGUGUUGUUGUGAAUAAGGAGACUAAAAACCUUUGUUUCAGAACUCAGAAGGCACUGUGAGCCGUCCAGACAACCACAAGUUCGGUCAAAUGAACAUUGCCCAGCUGAAGGUGUCGGGUUGGAUGACAGAACAAGGCGCCAUUGAUAUGAGUUUAUCCCUGCGCAGUUUCACAAUGGACGAUCGCAGACCGUCGGAUCAAACCAAAAUUAGUCGCUUGAUGGACAAAAAACACUCGGGCACGCCCAAUUCCCUGUUUGUUUCCAUGAAGUUUGAGCAGAAUGCGAAGGGCGACAAGCAAAUUGAUUUGACCUCAUCUUCCUUCUUCCUGUACUUGUGCCCCGAGUUCUUGGGGGCUCUUUCGAACUUCUUUGUGGUCCCAAAACCUCCGGAAGAAGAUGAUACGGACCCGAUGUUGAUCAAGAGACCGGCGUUGAGUGCAACUCCGAGUGGAACAACCAAUAAACCGGCGGCGACAACCGAGACGUGUCCGGGGAAACCAUCCCCGGCCAUCACUUUGAAGGCCCGAAUUCAGGACAUUGAAGUGAUUUUGAUCGAGAAUUCAACUGAUCCAGACAACUCUCAGGCACUGAUCUUGUCAUUCUCGUGCAAAUCGGAUGUCACCAAUGUAAGUUUUGCAAGAAUUUUAAAGUCUUACAAGGGUUCGGCAAAACCUCGUCCCCUGGUUUUUUCUUGAAACAUAUACCAUUUGAAAGAGCGUAAAAAACUGGUCUAGAAGCGACUUUUAUUAGCUGCUAUUAUCCACUUACGCGCUGGCUAGCGAGAAUUUUUUAGUUCUAGGCUAGUCUCACCCUUAUUUUGAGAAAACAAACGCGAUCGAUUUCAAAAGCAAACCGAAGCAGUGCUUCGGUGGCCUAGUGGGGAAAGGCGCUGCUCAAGGACCUGCGAAGCGGGUUCGAAUCCUCUUUUGAAUUUUUUAAUUUUUCUGGCUAGUAUGGAACAAAUAGAGUCAGAAAGUUAUGUUUAAUUUUUGAAUACACCUUUGUGUAUACUCAGGUCCAUUUUAAUAGAAAAAACUACAACUUUUUCUUUUUUUUUAUUUUGGCCUCUUUGACCUUGUAGUGGGACAUCCUGGGUGGUCGAAACUUUCGAAGGCUUUCAUAUUUUUACUAGGAAUGCCCGCUAACGGAAAGUACGUAAAAAUUGAGUCUGAAAACAUCUUAUAUGUUUGGAACAUCUUCGUUUGUCUUGAGUUACAGGACCUAAAACAUCGCGCAAUCACUCAUUGAGUACAUCAACCUGAAUGUCUCAAACUCAGAAAACCUUUUGUAUUUUUUGACAUAGGUUGAAGCUUCAACCUCAUAAAUGACUAAUAUUUAUAUGAAAAGUGAUUAUUCGAUCUCGUUCACGUCUCAGAAGCAAAGAGUUCCGAAAUCCAAAUUGGAAAUUUUAGAAAAUGCCCGCUAGCCAGCCCGUAAGUGGAUAAUAGCAGCUAAUUCAAGGUGAUCCUAGACCAGUUUUUUACGCUCUUUCGAAUGGUGUAUGUUUCAAGAUAAAACCAGGGGACGAGGUUUUGCCGAGCCCUUGUUAGGGCAAUGAGAGGGUAUUUGCGAUAUAAUUUGACCGAUUUUACAGCAAGAUAAUGUCCAACAAGUCGAUGCUCGCAUCCAGAACCUCCAGAUCGUCUCGACUUACUUUGCCGAAAACAAACGUCACCUGGCCCAUCGUUAUGUCCUCAGAAAACUUGAUGUUGUUCUAAGCGGAUCCAUCAAUAAUGUGACCAAAGCCCAAGACUUUGCAAUCUGCAUUGACACUAUCCAUCUGAAGGUCUCACCAGCUGUCAUCUUACUUCUCAGCGCAGUUGCAUCAUCGUUCUCAGCCAACAAACAAGUGAUUGAUCAACAAUCGUCGACGAAAGCCGUCCUGAAACAACAUCCGAAUUAUUGGGAGCCCAAGAAAUUGGAACAUGGAGAGUAUUGGUGGUUCACCGAGGUCGCGACAGACGCCGCAGAUGACUUUAAACCUGAAUUGGAUAUUGUGGAAGCCUGUCCUUUCUUGGAAACGGUGAGAUUUGCUUAAUGUACAAAAAAAAAUUUUUUGGGAAGACGAAUAAUUUUGCUGUUUUAGGCGAGCUUUGUAAUUGAGAAGUUCAUUAUCACCGUGGAAGCCGACGUCGACGAUGGCACGAUCCCUAUGAUCCUGAUCGAAUCCGGCUUCGAGGGCUCGAUCUCCGAUUGGUCGGGGCGAAUGCAAGUGGACAGUGUCCUGAAACUACAAAUGAGCUACUUCAAUGAAACUUUCUCGGUCUGGGAGCCUGUGAUUGAGCCGAUCCAAAGAGAGAAUGGAGAAUGGGAACCCUGGCAGUUGAAGGCCCAAGUCCGAACUCAUUCCGAAGAAGAGGCGGGCGAGGGAAAAAUGCCCCCACCCAAGAUGACCGUCGACGUCUCGGCCUCGGAACUCAUGAAUAUGACCGUCACGAAGAGCUUUAUCCAAUUGACAACUCAUCUUGGAGAAGUAUUCGAAAAGGCGGCCAAACAGAUUGCUCCACCGAAAAGAAAGGACCUGCCUGGUAAGGAUAAGAUGAUUUUGCAAGAUUUUGUUAUGUAAUCUUGGUUUUGAUGGCCCAUUUUCAGGGACAAGCCCUUAUCUGAUCAAGAAUGAGACCGGAAUCCAUGUCCAAGUCCUGAAUUCGGAUACUAUGAAGGUGAAUGACACCGGCGAAGCCAUUGAUGCAACUCAUGGAGAUUAUGUCGAAUUGAACCCAAUUGGAUGGGAACAGAAAGUGGGCCUUCAACCGGAAGAAGACAGACGAAGAACGGACCUAUUACUGAAGUUAUUGGAUACUCACAGAAGAGUGGACGUCCACAGGGCCAUCAAAAGAUGUAUCAGGCUGCCAAAACAUGCCGAUUCUGGAAAACAGUGGUCGUUUGUGGUUGAUACGGACAUUGAAAGUGGACGAAAAGUUGUCACAUUGCAGUCACUGGUCAAUGUAAGUUGGUGAAAGUUCAGCUUUUGAGUUGGGGUUUGGGAAUGCUGGUAAAAUUAACCUUGUUUUAGUUUGUGAAUCACAUGGAUGUCCCCAUUGAAAUCUACUCGAUGAGAGAUGAUACGAAUCUUGACAGUUGUGGAACACUUGACCCCAACUCGGAGACCCCUCUUCAUGUCCCACUGGAACAAUUGUACACAGCCACGGGUCAAUUCUUCUUCCGUCCCGGCAAUGAUUUAUAUGAAACAUCGGCCGAGAGCAUCAGUUGGAAUGAAUUCGAUCAGACACAACGAUUCAUUGUCAGAUGCGACCGGAGCGACAAUCCAAGGACUGGCCUCUUUGUUGACGCUGUUGUGGAAGCAGAAGAUGUGCACGGAGAAACUGGAAAAGAAUUUGUCGACAAGAUCUUCACCGUCCACCUCUACCCCCCGUUGUUCUUCAGAAACUUGCUUCCAAUGGAAGUGCAUUUGACCUCGCCGGUGGAAAAGACCCUCAAGGGCGGAGAAGAUGUCCCAUUGAAUCUAAUAGCCGAACAGGAACUGUCGUUCUGGGUGGGUUAUCAUUAUAUUACACUUGAGAGUUGACAUCUGUUCUCAUGUAUAAUAUGCUGUUUAGAUUGACAAUGAUGGAGAAUAUGAAGUCACAAUGCAUUUGAAGAGAGAUCAAGAUGAAUUGGAAGUUGUUUCACUGAAGAAACGAGGAGAUGAAGAGAGCGAGUUGGUGGGUUUUUAUGCCAUGGAUAAUAUGUUUCCAGAAUCUCGGCCUCCAUUGGACAACGCAACACAGGCGAAAGGAAUGCGAGAUUUACUCUCCGUAUUGGAUUGUGAACAGCACUGGGAAGACGUUGGCCUAUCUGGUGGGUUCAGGGCGAUAUUAUUUUAGACUUGAGACGGUAGAUUAGAGAAAGUAGAGAACAGUUUGCAUUUUGUGAUUCGUUUUUUAUGUUUACUGCUACGAUCUCUGAUCAGUGCUUCUCACCGCUAUCACUAUAUUUUUGAAAACGACGCCAUUUUCAUUGUCCGCAAAUCCUGGUUUUUCUUGCCCGCAAAUGAAAUAAAAUGCAGAAAGUUUCCUCAAGAUGACAUCCAUUUGGUGUCUAAAGUAACAAGAACUCUUCUAGUGUACAAGAAAAACAUAUGUAUUAAAAUUGGCAUUUUUUUGCUUUAGUAAUCAUCGACACCGUUUACAAUAUGAUUAGGUUUUCUAUGCAGAGUGUAGACUCACUCGAAAGUAUGAGUAGAAUACAGUAACUUGCGGAGAAUGAAAAAAAUGUUUGCGGAAGAUGAAAAACUGGUGAUUUGUGGGCAAUAGAAAGUGCUGAAAAUGAAAAUUGAAUUUUUCAUUAAAAAUUUUGAUAUUAUAGGUAAUAUUGUGAUUUUUAAUGCACGUAUUACGAAUUGUAGCUUUUUAGAUGUCUUAUCCAAAAUUAAAUGACUAAUAACCUCACCCCGCCCUUCUUUAAUAUUUAAUUUAUUGACCGUUUUCACCCGAUUUAACCUCACUUUUGCCAUGUGUAAUGUAAUCAUGUAUAUACAGGGUGCGGCAAUUUUUCAGCCAAUUUUGAAUUGGCUGUAACUUCUUUUUUUUGGCGAAAUGUUUAGAUUUUUUUGAAUCCUCAGAAUCUUCCGUUUGUUUAUAUCGAAUGUGUUAUACGAAUCCACGCUUGUUUCUCAGGAACGGUCGAGUUCAAAUUCGGCUAAAAAAUUGCCGCCCCUUGUAUGUCGAGAAUGAAUUGUUGUGUUUCAUCUUGAACAUCUUUUCUCGCCCCGAAUAUUCUAUUUUUGUUUAGGAUCUGUGGUUGGCGCGUCGUUACGGUCUGAGCGGCGGGCGUCGCUGCAAUAGUUGCAUCAGCGGCCGAUCAACUCCUGAAAAUCGCCGACUCUCUCAGGUUAGGUUGCGGACGGAUUUGUCACUUUUUUGAAUUUUUAAAUAUUUGAAAUCGUAUUUUAUUUUGUUUUGAUAGUUUUGAAGGAGAAAUUGGUUUAUUAUUUUUAUCGUAUUUUAGUUCGUUUUAGCCCCAGGGCUUGAUUCCUCAGUUAAUCUUAUGCCAGUUCCAUUUUUCCUUCUUUUCCAAUCCUAAUUUACUAAUCCCGGGUUACUGUAUUUUUGGCCUGUUUUUUUUCUGUCCCUUUUCCAUUUUUUCUCAUUUUUGGCUUGCCUUUUCCCGUUUUUUUGCUUUUUUCUGAGGGAAAUGCAGGAUUGUGAAUUUAGAUUUUGGUUUAAUAAUUCGUAUUUUAGGCCGAUAUUGAGCUGAUUCACGAGCCACACAAGAAUCCGGUUCUCUUACCAUUCGCGGAAGAGAAAUUCAGACCUAAAAAGAAGUGCCGCCUGAGGGUGGAGAACAGCGCCUUGAGCGAUGAAUUUCCGUUGGAUAUUGCUGGUCAUGCUGGAAGAGUCAAGUGCAAAUCGAGCGAUGGAAGAGAAUAUGAGGUAAGGGAGACAUUGGUAUACUUUUUAGAGGAAACUUGGCUACAAACUAGUCUUUUUUGAGGAAAAAAUGAGAAUUUUUUUAAUUUUAGGUGACUGUGGAAGUGAAUGUUACUUAUUCUGGUCUGACGAAGAUUGUCACGUUUACUGCUUUCUACUUGCUCUAUAACAACACCAAAUUCCCCAUCGAAUUGAGAGAACAGAACUCGGAUCGAUGGCUGGAAGUGGAGCCGAACACUUGUGUUUGUUUGUGGCCCACCCAGAACACUCCCAAGAAGUUGAUGUCCCUCCGAUACAAAGGAGAUCAAGAAGAGACUGCCGUCUUUCCGUUCACCGAGCAGUUUGAAGAAUUCUGCCCUACCAAUGGAUGUGUAAGUGCCAUGGAGAUUAAGUGGUCUAGUGUAAUAUAAUUUGAUGGUUUAUCUGUUGUUGUUGUAGCAUGUUGGAUUCUAUGUGACCUGUUCGGUGGGCGAGAGCUCUUCGGUCGUCUCGGUGGAGUCUUUCCAGCCCGGAAUGGCCUCAGCUUUACUUAUCAAUGACACUGACAAACCCAUCAAAAUCUGUCAAAAGGGAGUGGAGAAGGAUAAAGCAUUCGAAUUGAAGCCUCAGGAGCAAAGGAUAUUCACCUAUUCGGACCUCUGUGUCAGCGAGAAGAAGAUCGAAUGGAGUUCCGGGGACUUCUCGUCCGAUCUUUCACUUGUCCGCACUGAUCUCGCAUCUUAUGAACCGGACAAAUCGAGGAGGAUCUUCUAUUAUUGGGCAUGUUUCCUCAAUGGAAGACAGAGGACCGUCCUCUUUACGCAGGAUUUGAGUGUUGCCACAACCGCCAAAGAAGCCUACGAGGUGGAGAGAAUCAAUAUGCAAGUGGACUUUAGGUAAGAUAAUAUGAAAUUGCUGAUGAUUUGGGAAAGUGUUUGUACUGGAACCUCGGAAUAUGAUGUGAUAUUUAUUUUCAGCCUCCAUGGACUGGGAAUUUCCCUCGUGAAUAACCUCCACGGCAUCGAAAUCCUGUACUUGUCCAUGUCCUCCAGUGGACUGAUCUGGGAACACAAACCGAGGAACAGAUUCAAGCCUUUGACUGUCAAAUUGAUGAAUGAUAUCGAGGCAAAGUAUCAGGAAUGGCUUUCGAAGGGAAAGCCGGAUGAGAAAUGCAAUUGCGAUGGAACGGACAUUGAUUUUGCUCAUAUGAUAAUGAAAAGGAAGGGGAAAUCUGAAGUCUCGGUGAGAAGAUCCUUCCAGACUGGUUUCUGGCUACAGUACAGACAGUCCUUGCAUCAGACACAGAUGCAUCUCAAGAUUAAUCAUCUUCAAAUUGACAAUUUGGUAGGUUUUCGAUAUCAUUUUACACAAAAAUUGGUGAAAUUUGAAAGAAAGUUUGGUUAUAAUGUAACUUUAGAUCCCUUCAUGCGUUUUCCCCGUUGUCUUGGCCGUAGUACCACCGCCAAGGUCGAUUGUCGCUGAUAAUGGUGGGUUUUAGUUUAUUUUUUUAUGGUUUGUUUAGAGCCGAAACCCUUCACCGAAGUCUCGUUCAUUAUGUCCCAAUCGGAACAUUCGAAGGUCACCCAGAUCAAGUAUCUCCAUGUGUUGGUACAGGAAUUCGCUGUCAGAGUGGAUAAAGGACUGUUGUUCGCAUUGAUGGAGCUGAGCAGUAAUGAAGUGAAUAAGGCCACUUAUACCCCCGAAAUCUUUGCGAAAGAUCUGGAAUUGGCCAAGCCAAAACUUCAAGAAAAGGUCGCCACGACUGCUGCCUCAACUCAGAAGGCCUAUUACGAUGAUCUGCAUAUCUCCCCACUGAUGGUGAGUGGUUUGUUUUCAUUUUAGAGGCCCUUUUUAUAUUAGACUUGAUGGAGAAUAUAAAUUAUUUAAACUUUUUGCAGAUUCACCUCAGUUUCUCACAAGGAGGUGCUAGUGGACACAUUAAGAGAAUAAAUAAGGACGGAAAGAAGGUGGACGAUACCCCUGUGAUGAGUGGAGUCACCUUUGAGUUCUUCGAAUUGCUGCUGAAAUCGGUGGGAGUAACGCUGACCGAAUUACAGGAUGUUGUCUUCAGGUAAGUGGAAAUAAAAGUUUAAUUUGGAGAUGGAAGAAUCUUGGUGAUGAGUUUUGUGUUUAGAUUGGCCUACUUCGAUCGUCGCUACACCUUCUACAGCUCUCCGCAACUUCAAGCCGAAGUCCAGAGUCAUUACACAAAACAGUUCAUAAAACAAUUGUACGUGCUUGUACUGGGUCUAGACAUUAUUGGAAAUCCCUUUGGACUCGUCAGAGACUUGUCAUCAGGCGUGGAGGAUCUGUUCUAUCAGCCAUUCCAGGUAGGUGAUACCGAUUAUAUUAGACGUGAAGGCUAAUAUAAAUUUGAUAAUUUUGGUUGAAAUGCAGUUUUAUUUAAUGUUAUGGCUAAUGAAUAUAUGAUUGUAGGGGGCCAUCCAAGGUCCAGAAGAGUUCGCGGAGGGCCUUGCCCUCGGGGUUUCAUCCCUUUUCGGCCACGCAGUCGGCGGAGCAGCCGGAGCAGUGUCAAGAAUCACGGGUACCCUUGGAAAGGGAGUCGCCGCCCUCACUUUGGACGCAGAUUAUCAACGAAAACGACAGGAAGCAUUAAAUCGACAGCCUCAGAACUUUGGAGAAGGAAUUACGAGAGCCGGGGAGAACCUGACCCAAGGAGUUGUGGAUGGAAUCACUGGAGUCUUCACAAAACCCAUUGAGGGAGCCCGACAAGGUGGAGUGGUGGGUUUCACGAAGGGCAUUGGGAAGGGACUGAUCGGGGCUGUGACCAGACCGGCCAGUGGAUUGGUCGACUUCGCCAGUGGAUCUCUGAAUGCGGUCAAAACGUAAGAAAUCGGUUUUUUGAGUUUUUUGUGGAUUUUGCCUUGGGGUGUGAGCUAAAUAGGAACUGCUUUGGUCAUUGAGUGUCUUUUAUUUUGAGUAUUGAGACGUUUUUGUAUUGGACUGGACCCUGUCUCUAAUUGCAGAAGUCGGUUCCGUUUCCGUCUCUACUGUCUGUAUAUCCUGUUUUGUCUGAGAGAUCUGAUCUUCCCCUCCCUCGAAACGAACAUUAGAUUACGCGAUCUGGAAAAAGAGUACAUCUCCGGUCCCUCUACUGAUAUUAAUCAUGAUUUCAGAGUCGCCUCCAAUGCUGAGGAUGCUCAGCACGUCCGUCCUGCCAGAGUAGUCCAGUCAGAUCUGAUCGUCCGCCCCUACAAUUACAGUGAUGCAUUCGGAGCGAAGAUUUUCGGCGCUACAGAUCGAGGAAAGUAUGCGGACACGGACAAUUUUGUGGCUCACGCCUUUAUCAACGAAAGAAGCGUCUUUAUUGUGACGGAUAAGUAAGUUGAAGUCACGCGGAGGGCUAAGGAUUUUAUUAUUAGGUUUGGACUUGGUAUAAGAUUGAUUUUUUGUGCUCAGAGUCUAGUAUAAUAUCAUCGUUUGAUCCAGAAUAAUAUUCUUGUUCAAGAGUAAUGUUUUCUUUGUUCUAGACGGGUCUUCAUGGCAGUUCAUCAAAGCCUUGGAGGGGCUUGGACCACGGGAUGGACCUUCACGUUUGAAGAAAUUAAACGACCGCAGGUUUCGGACGAUGGAAUAAAGUUGGAAUUAAAGAAUGCGAAGAAAGGAUUCCUUGGAAUCGGAAAUUCCUCAGGAAAGGGAAUCAAAUUGACGGACAAGAGAACCCUCCAACAAGUGUCCCAGAAACUUCUUCAAGCUUAUGAUCCCAUCUGA